AUUUCUCGACUCGUCAGUUGUGAAUUUACGCAUCGAAAUUGCCAGGAGAGUGUCUCAAAGGCAUUUCGCGAAUUUCAGCGUGGAUAACUUUUGAAAAGCUAGUUUGAAACAAUGAUUUAUCGAGGCAGGUUGAGAGGCGGCCAAGGAUUGGGAGAUCUGUGCAGCAGCUUUUGGUCGAAUCAAGGUACAGAAUAUAAAAAUAGUGUCAGGGUCAUACGAAUACGCUCGGAAAUAGUAUUCUGAUAUGAGCUGAGAAAUCGAAAGGUCGUUUUUCGCUCGGUUUGUUUCGAAUCCAGGGUAAAUGAAUUCGAGUUGAACGUUAACAAAGAAUUUGAUGACAGUCGGUGGUCAACUGUCAUCAGACCGCGGUUAUGAAGUUCAAUGGCUUCGAGGAAACUUCCGACACUCCAUUUUACGAUACCGCAAAGGCUCGCGCACUCUUCCCAUUCCAAAUAAGAAGUUGAACAUUUAAAAAUUCGUUUCGAAAGCAGAACAGGCGUGCACGACAAUCCCUUGCGUUAAGUUUUACUCACAAAACGCGGUUGUACAACCGAGCACGUGCCGAGCAUCGCUGUGAUUUCGCUACGAAAGAUUCCCCCCUUCGCAAUGCCCAGGUUUUCCAUCCAAAGGAGGGAACCGAGCACACCAAAACGUUCUAUGAAAGUCAGGAGGAGCCGGAUGACGAGAUGCGAUUCGAUUGCUUCGAAAGUUAAUAAAAUAUGAAUAAAUGAAAAACUCAAGUGUUCAGGGCACUAAAAAAUCGUUGCGAGUCAACAAAUAAUUUGACUUGAAUAUAAAAUUUCCAAAGUGACCGGGCCGAAAUCAAAGUUGAGAAAACCCCUCGAGGCAUUAAAAUGAAAAUAUGGAAAGAAAGUAUAAAAGCGUGGAGUGACUAAAUUGAGUAUCCGAAAACGUCCCCGUGGGAUUAAAAUCGAGAGGAACAAUGUCUGACGAGCCUCGAAAGUGAGGAUGAGCAUCGACAAAUGAAAAUUCGUGAUUGAAAAAGUGAAGAAAAUAUUGCACGUUGGCGAGGAGGAUGGUUGGAGUGGGGAAAAGGAUGAUGAAGCGAGGAGAUCCCGCGAGUACGAGGUUGGUAAGUGGCGUACGUACAUGAUAGGUGAGUAUAUAGAGAAUUCAGGGAGACAAAAGAGAAGCGGAGAGUCGGGCGGUGAGGCAGCGAGAGCGCGAGUAGUAGAGAGGCAGACACGGGCAGACGGGAACCGGGCAAUCCCGCCAGAGUUAACCAGUAGUGACCAAGUAGCCGAUACGCCGUCAGCUUACGAGGAGGACGAAACGUGGCCUCGUACGCUGAGAGCAGGGCCUCAACGUGGUGCGAAGAGCUCGCGGUGCUCAAAGGUGAACGAACAUUCGGGAGGCAAGUGUCGUCGGUCGUCGGUCGUCGGUCGUCGGUCGUCGGAGGUUCGUGGUACGGAUUAAGCAGCGUGACGAAAGCAGGGACGACCAGGACACGUAUGGAACGAGAGACAACCGGUUGUCGUUUAGGGCUCGUCAAUCAACGAGAAACAAUCGUGUCAUCAGUUGAGUAGUGAUAGCCGGAGAGAAAGAGGGAGAAAGGGACGGAGGUAUAUGCACAUGCGGAUAAUAGAAUAAGGCAUAAUACUUGUCAUCCGCCGUGUUACAUAUCAACGGAUGGCGCGAGUAGCUUCAACUAUCUGCACGCCACCAACGACAAUCAGAGUGUCUCAUCAAUUUAAAAUCGUCGAGCAACGGUCGCUAUAACCUCGUCGUGCACUUGUGUUUAGCUUCGGCAACUUGCGGACGUUAAGUUUGUUGGGUAUCCCCAGGUGGACACGUGACUGAGGGAGUGUUGUGACGAGAGGCUCGAAGGGCAUCGCGGGAGUCGUUUGGUUAUGGGAUUCGAUUGGAGAGGAAACCAGUGAAUCGCCAGUAUAGCCGGAGUGGCAGUGAAGUUUUUGGAACGAUGAAUGAGGCUCGAUUCUUCCUCGUGGUACGUAAAUGAUGAUGUGAAUCUCGCAGUGGGAGGUUAAAAAUCAUCCGAGAAUAUCGCUCACCACACCGGAAAUAUUGAAUCUCGAGUCGAAGACGUUUCGUUGAGGGAUAUUAAAAGCAUUGGAAGCGAGGCUCGAACGCCGGCCAGGAUGGAGGCUUCGAGAGCUGAAUCGACGGACAAAAAGUCGCUGGCUUUACAGAACAACGUGACAGGCUGCAAUGCAGAAGGGCCAGGACCGUGGAAGUCGAUGAGCACGCGGCAAAAGUGGAACUUUCUUACGAGCAAUAUAACAGUGGAGCCGAUGGUCGCUUGCUACAUAAUGCCGAGCGUUCUCGCAUCAUUGGCAACCCAGAAUCUCAAUCUCGAGAAGGCAUGUCGGGUCAACCUGGCCUAUUCCAACGAAAUUUGCGACGCUCUAACGGCGCGAAACACGACCGGUUUCGAGGUGGAAGAAUCGGCGGUGCAGCAACUUGUCGCCGGAAUGCAGACGUGGAAGACCGCGCUCCAAAGCGGCCUGCCGACCCUCCUCAUACUCUUCAUGGGGGCUUGGAGCGAUCGCACGGGACUGAGAAAGCCGUGCAUGCUUUUGCCGAUUGUUGGAGAAUUUUUAACGAGCAUAAGCCUCAUCGCUUGCGUAUAUUGGUUUUACGAAUUGCCGAUGGAAGCUGCCGGGGUUUCGGAGGCACUUUGGCCCGCGCUUACCGGCGGUUGGUUCACCAUGUUCAUGGCAAUAUUUAGUUACAUCGGUGACAUCACGACCGUCGAAUCGAGGACUUUGAGGAUCGGUGCCGUUAACGUUUUUCUAUCCCUCGGAGUGCCCAUCGGCAUGGCCCUCUCCGGUAUUCUCUACCUCAAAAUCGGCUUUUACGGGGUUUUUGCUAUUUCUACCGUCUGCUACGUUCUCGCUUUCGUCUAUGGCCUCGUCGUCAUCAAAGAAGCCCCGAGACCACCCCAAGCCGUUCUCGCCAAGGGGAAAGAAAUGUCGGCUUGUGCUACGGUCAUAGACUUCUUCUCAAUCAGACAUAUCAACGAGACCUUCCGGGUCGCCUUUAAAAAGGGGGCCAACAAUCGACAGCAGAGGGUUAUCGUGCUUAUGGUCAUUGUGAUGGUUGUCAUUGGACCAAUGUACGGUGAAAUGGCUGUCAUGUACCUUUUCACGAGGUACCGAUUCAACUGGAACGAGGUCAAGUUCAGCAUGUUCUCGACCUACGGCAUGGUGACUAAUCUCAUCGGUACAAUGGUGUCCGUGGGUUUAUUCAGUCACGUUCUGAAGAUCGACGAUGCGCUCGUCGGGGUCAUGAGUUGCAUGAGCAAAAUACUCGCCUGCUUCGUGUACGCUUUCGCCACCGAGGACUGGAUGAUCUAUCUCGCACCCUUGGUCGAGAUCGUGAAUGGAACGUCCUUCAUCGCAAUGCGUUCGAUUGCCUCGAAGCUCGUCCCGACAGACGAAUUAGGCAAAGUUAAUUCGCUUUUUGGCGUUUGCGAGUCUCUCAUGCCUCUGGUUUAUGGGCCAAUGUACAGUUCCGUGUACGCCGCGACCAUGAACACGUUUCCGGGGACCUUCUUCUUGCUCGGCGGGGGUCUUACGGUCCCCGCCGUAUUUUCCUUCUUAUGGUUGUACAAAGAGCACAGACGAGAUCGCAUUGCGUUGGAGAUGGAAAUGAGCAGAGAAAAGUAUCGCAAGUCCGAGGACAGGAUCGAGAGCGGCCUGACAAAACUCACUACCGACAAUGAUAAAUCAAACAUCGAGAGAUCGAUCGAUCCGAGCGCGGGGAUCGCUAACCCCGCUUUUGUCACCGAACGCCUGUGACUUGAUGAGACUAUUUCGUGAGACGGUACAAACUUACCCCUCCAUUGGGAACGACCGUUAUCGAGGGAAGAGAUUUUUUCGAAAAGCCGACCAAGAGUUGCAAAAGCGUUUCAUGAUCGAGUCGAUCGAAGGAUUUCUAACAGCAGAGGAGAAAAGAGAACGAUUCACCGGCAUCAAUCGCGGCGAGCAUGUGUAUAAAUAAUUGUAAAUAUGAAAAUUCUACUUAGACAUUUCUCGGGGUUGAACGAGGAUAAUUUUGUUAACUAGAAAUAGAAAAAAAACGAGAGAGAAGAAGGUGAGCAGAGAUUAGAAUUGCGACAAAGAAAAUAAUUUGUCUUGGAGUGGAAAACAAAAGAAAUUCAUUUUGGGCGAGGUUCGUUGAAGCGUAGACAUUUUUCGUACUUAAAUAAGUUAUAGCCACGUUAUGUUAUUCAUCUUUUAAAUGCAAUCGGUUAAAACCGGUCGAAGAUAGCAGUAUUAUUAUUAUUAUUAUUAUUAUUAUUAUUAUUAUUAUUAUUAUUAUUAUUAUUAUUAUUAUAUGGUUAUUUAACUCUUUACGAGCGGUUCAAGGGCUCGCAAUCCCAUAACCUUCGAAGGAAGAAUCAUUACGAGCGACGAUAACCGCAACAGCAGAGUGCGAGUGCGAGUGAAAAUUCUUCGUCAAGCGAUCGAACAUCCUUUUGUUAUUUUCCAUCUGGCUUAUGUCAGAUUCUCUAGAUUUCUAUGAUUAUUACCACGUUUAAGGACACAAUCUAUCGAUAAGAAAUAUUCAUCAUUCUUUUCUUUUCUAAUGCUGUGAAUGUUUAGUUACGCUAUCUUGGGACGUGUACAGUGGUGUUAAAUCAAUUAUUAUACUUUUUAGGAAAGAAUGAUACGAUAAUGAGCAUACACUCCGUUGUGAUAUAGCGAUAUUACUUUUGUAUGUAGUUCCAAUAAAUUAUAUUCACAAAGUAUGAAAAUA